CAUGCUCAAACGAGGCGAUACACAUCGCAAUGCAUCAUGGUCCAAGCUGACGGAGCCCAUGUUGCCUGUCUGGAUGUCGAUUAGGUGAUGUGUGUUUUCCAUCAAAAUUUAUCCAAUAAUAAGGAAAUACAGCCCAGCACAUGUUAUGCCCAGUGCAGCAGAAAAUUUGGAGGUUGUUGAGUCGACACUACGGGCAUCGCUGAGCCAGAACAAGCACCUGGAUCAGCAUGUUGUGUCUUCCACUCAGCGUGUGCUUAUGCACCGCGUCACAUUUGUUCCUGCUGCCAAGCCUCAUACCCUGCAGUUGAGGUCAUUGAAGUCCAAGUAUAUCCUUUUGUCGGGUCCUACAAAUAAGGCAGGAACACCGGAAAAGGCAAAAACUCAAUUUGGAAUAGAUUCUGGUGACUGUGCAGAGGAGAGUGAACCAAAUGCAAUCAUGAGCAAACCAGGACCAAGUGGAGAUGCAAGUGCCAAUGCCAAUGCUGGCGAAGGUCUUCCAAGCCCUCGAGUUGUACUGUAUCCCCCAGAACGGGUACGGCUGGACUGGCGUCAGGCCCAUCGUAUUGGAGCAGGACUUGUAAACUUGGGCAACACUUGUUUCUUUAACUCCACGUUGCAAUGCUUAACCUACACUGCUCCAUUGGUCAAUUACUGUUUCUCCGAGGAGCAUCCGAAAACAUGCAAGCAGCAGAACUCAUGUUUGAUGUGCGAACUCAGGCGUCACAUCAGAUCUGCCUUUCAACACAGUGGCCAUGCAUUUAAGCCACAGCUUAUGCUACAGAAACUAAAGUCAAUUGCAAAGCACAUGCGGUGGGGUCGACAAGAAGAUGCUCAUGAGUUUCUUCGUUAUCUAGUUGAUGGUUUGCAGCGUGCAUGUCUAAAUGGUUAUGCCAAGCUGGACAAGUUCAGCAAAGAAACUACAAUUAUAAACCAGAUCUUUGGAGGAUUUUUGAGAAGUCAAGUUCAGUGCAUGAAAUGCUCAGCCAGAUCGAACACAUAUGAUCCUUUCAUGGACCUCAGUCUGGAUAUAAAGGGUGUUUACACAGUAGAGGACGCUUUGGCAAAGUUUGUAAAGGCAGAAACCCUGGACUCUGACAAUGCAUACAAAUGUGAAAAGUGCCAGCAAAAAGUGCCAGCGCAAAAACGAUUCUCCAUUCACAAAGCACCUAAUGUUCUUACUCUUCAGCUGAACAGAUUUGACUACAACAGAAUAGCUGGCAAGAUCAACAGACAUAUUCAGUUCCCAGAAAAACUUAACAUUCGUCCCUACAUGAGCCAAAAACAGGGAGAAUCUGUCAUGUACAGCUUAUAUGGUGUCUUGAUCCAUUCUGGCUUCCACUGCAACUCUGGACACUAUUACUGCUAUGUCAAAGCCCCUUCCAAGACCUGGUACCUGAUGAAUGAUUCCAUGGUGAGAACAGUGCCAGCCUCCAGAGUGUUCCAAGCAGAGGCAUACCUGUUGUUUUACAGCCGACUGCAAAGCAAUAUCAACCAGUCACCAGCAAAGGCACCGUUCAUUGGACCAGCCAGCAAUGGAGUGAACUCUCCAAGCAAGUUUUCGGCUCUUAAUGGCUCACAUGCAAAGUCGUUACACAGUGCAGAUUCAACAAACCCUGUGAAGAAUGAAGAUGUAGGUGUGUCUGUUUCCCGACAAACAUUGUCACCCUCUGGAGUAACUGUUUCCUCAUCUGCAAGUUUCUCUGGGGUAUCGGGUCUACCAGAGAAGCACAAGAAAAUUUCUUUUGGAAUUAGUUCUCCAAAGCCAUUUCAGCAAGUGCACCAACAGCAAAAUCAGCUGACCUCAAAGUCAAAGCCAGAGCUGACGACAGCUUCGUCAGCUUCUGUGACUUCUGUGUGCAGUCCUGGUGUCAGUAAACCAAGAAUUGUUAUGCACAUCAAGAAUGGUAAGGCAACCACCAUUGAGAAAUCGCCUGAUGGCAAGUCUAAAGUUGUGAAUGGUGGGGCAAGCAAGCACUCAACACUUGUCCCAUAUGAUGAUGAUUCUGAGUCGGAGGAGGACAGAUUAGUGGACAGAGCCAAAGUAAACCAGUCGGAGUGUGUGAGUGCAAAAAAGGAGAAAAAGUUUCCCACAGAUGUUACUUUGGGUACAAAUAGUACAAUAGCUUCUAGAAACAGUCUUGGUGAUAAAAGUGGGGAGCAGUGUGAAAAGGUGCAAAUAGACUCAGGUGGGAGACAGAGCAGCCUUGAAAGCACUCAUAUACGCAAAGACUUGACUCUUCAGCUGAACAAAGACUGCAGUGGGUCAGGGCUGAAACGCAUGUCUGUUGACAUCCAGGCAGACAUCAUGUCCCCGUCCAAGGUGAACGCUACCACAAGCAGUUGGUUUGUGCAGAUGCAGGACUCUGCACCAAGCCCAUCUCUUGGUUCAUGCUCCAGCGCAAACAGCAACCACAGCGUGAACUCCACAACCGAGUGGCAUGUGCUAGACAUGUCAGAUCACAAAUCCAGCCUUGCUGCAGACCGCAAAAUGCAGCAUUCUGGUUGGACCAUUACUGACUGCUCUGCCACAGAUAAAAAGGAUGGUUGUGCAAAACAGUGUAGCUCUCGCUUACAAACUAUACAAGAAAAUGACAAUAUAAAACGUGUGCGAUUAAAAAGCGAGACAUUACAAGCUACAUCCAGGUUCUGCUAUGGCGAUUCUACAAACACAGACAAGAUUGUUCACAAGAAGCACAAAAAGAAAAAGCACAAGCGCGACAAGGAGCGAGAGAAGUCGCGAGUCAAGUACGAAGAGCUGCAGAACAGCCCCGACAAGGGCACUGCAACUCCUCACAUAAAGCACAAGAAGAAGAAGCACAAGUCUCGUGACAGGGGUGUUUCAGACUCGGAUCAGCGGGAAAAGAGGCGGAAAGAAAUAGUGUCUGUGCAAUCCUGGGACCACCAUGAUAAAUACAGUUCUGACCAUAACUAUCAGAAUGGAGACAGACCUAAGAUGCUAUGGGAUGGAAUGCGGAAAUCUCAAGUGGUGAAGGAAUUGGAGGAGAAGCCAACUGUGAUAUCAUGGGAUGAAGGGUGCAGUCAAGAUGGUGUUGAAGCAGAGAAAGAAAAAGUGUUUUCUCGAAAAAGAUCUUGGUCUGAACGUUAUGAAGAAGAUAUCGACAAAGGAAAGGUGAAAAAGGUCAAGAAGCAUCAUGACUACAAUUAUUACACUUUCAACCCCUUCCAAAGAUUGCAGAAUGACAAAAACCACACGAAGAGGCGAGACAGUUAUGAUGCAAACUCCAAACACCAGUCCUAUAAUCCCAGCAGCCAAGCACCAAACCGUACCUACAGCGACCAGACAACAUGCCGUUUUAACAGCAGGCAGCAGCAACCAUCGUGACAAUUACAAUCAUAGCA